AUCUUUCACUUCUGGAAAGACCUCUGCAGAAACGGUCGCUUCGGGCUCCGAAAAAGUUUUUGUCUUUGAAAAACAUAAAAUUACACAAUGGCGUCUGAUUCUGUGGACGAUCGGGAAAUGAGAGAGGCGCAGAGAGAGUAUCUGGACUUCUUAGAUGACGAUCAAGACCAGGGAGUGUAUCAGAGCAAGGUACGGGACAUGAUCAGCGAGAACAAGAACCGACUUAUCGUCAACAUCAACGACCUGAGACGACGCAACGAGGCCCGGGCUGCCAGGUUGAUGACUAAUGCGUUUGAGGAGCUGCUUGCGUUUCAGCGUGCUCUGAAGGACCUGGUGGCGUCUGUGGACGCUACCUACGCCAAGCAGUACGAGGAGUUCUUUGUUGGUCUGGAGGGAAGUUUCGGCAACAAGCACGUCUCUCCCCGUACCCUCACCUCUCGCCUGCUGGGUAGCAUUGUCUGUGUGGAGGGCAUCGUCACCAAGUGUUCUCUGGUGCGUCCCAAGGUGGUGCGUAGUGUCCAUUACUGUCCGGCCACCAAGAAGACCAUGGAGCGGAAAUACACAGACAUGACCAGCCUGGACGCCUUCCCUUCCUCUGCCAUCUACCCUACCAAGGAUGAGGAAAACAACCCGUUGGAGACGGAGUUUGGUCUGUCCAUCUACAAGGACCACCAGACGAUCACGGUCCAGGAGAUGCCAGAGAAGGCUCCUGCCGGUCAGCUUCCCCGCUCGGUGGACAUCAUACUGGACAAUGAUCUGGUGGACGUGGUAAAGCCAGGAGACAGGGUCCAGGUGAUCGGGACCUACCGCUGUCUGCCUGGAAAGAAGGGAGGAUACACUUCUGGGGCUUUCAGGACCAUCAUGAUAGCCUGUCAGGUGAAACAGCUGAGUAAAGAAGUGUCUCCAUACUUCUCGGCUGACGACGUCUCCAAGAUCAAACUUUUCAGCAAGUCGAAGCUGGAUGUGUUUGACCAGCUGUCCCGCUCCCUAGCCCCCAGUAUCCACGGUCAUGAAUAUAUUAAGAAGGCCAUCCUGUGUAUGUUGCUGGGAGGAGUGGAGAAGGUGCUGGAGAAUGGAUCACGCAUCAGAGGAGACAUCAAUGUACUGCUCAUAGGUGACCCAUCAGUGGCUAAGUCCCAGCUGCUGCGUUAUGUCCUGCACACGGCGCCCCGAGCCAUCCCUACCACCGGCCGGGGGUCAUCUGGGGUCGGCCUGACCGCUGCUGUCACUACUGACCAGGAGACUGGUGAGCGUCGUCUGGAGGCGGGAGCGAUGGUUCUGGGGGACAGGGGUGUGGUCUGUAUCGAUGAGUUUGACAAGAUGUCCGACAUGGACCGUACAGCCAUCCAUGAGGUGAUGGAGCAGGGCCGUGUCACCAUCGCUAAGGCGGGUAUCCAUGCCAGGCUCAACGCCCGCUGCUCCGUGCUGGCAGCUGCCAACCCCGUCUACGGCAGGUAUGAUCAGUAUAAGACUCCUAUGGAGAACAUUGGUCUGCAGGACUCUCUGCUGUCUCGUUUUGACCUGCUGUUCAUCAUGUUGGACCAGAUGGAUGCAGAGCAGGACAGAGAGAUCUCAGACCACGUCCUCAGGAUGCACCGAUACAGAGACCCCCGCGAACAAGACGGGACAGCCAUGGCCUUUGGUGGAUCAGUAGACAUCCUGGCCACUGAGGACCCUGACUCGGUUCAGGACGAGCAGGAGGAACUGCAGGUCUACGAGAAACACAACAACCUGUUGCACGGCACCAAGAGACGCAGAGAGAAGGUAGUGAGUAAGGAGUUCAUGAGGAAGUACAUCCACAUCGCCAAGGUGUUGACCCCCACUCUGACCCAGGAAGCAGCCAAUCACAUCGCUGAAGAAUACUCCAGGCUGAGAAGCCAGGAACAGCUGGGCUCCGACAUCGCCAGGACAUCCCCAGUAACCGCUCGUACUCUGGAGACCCUGAUCCGUCUGUCUACGGCCCACGCUAAAGCGCGCAUGAGUAAGGUUGUGGAGCUGGAGGAUUCGGAGGUCGCUGUGGAACUGGUCCAGUUUGCAUACUUCAAAAAGGUUCUGGAGAAGGAGAAGAAGAGAGGGAGGAAGGAGCAGGACUCUGGCUCUGAGGAGGAAGAGGAGGAGACAACACAACGUACCCCUCGCUCAGACAAGAAGAGGAGUCGCCGUGGUUCCCAGAGCAGCGAGGCCCGCGACCCGUACGACUUCGCUGGAGAGAAGGACAUCCCUGAGAUCCAGGCUGGCACGCCCAAACCGGCCGAGGCAGAAGAGGAGCCUAUGGAUGCCCCUGUCCCACCGAGCCAGGACGGGCAGACAGAGGUGUCUGCAGACAGGCUGAAGGAGUUUAAGUCCUCCCUCCUGGAGGUGUUCCGUUCUGCACAUGCUCAGUCCGUUGGUAUGAACUCUCUGGUGGAGAGUGUCAACAAGGACAGUGACGCCCCCUUCACCCUGACAGAGGUCCGGGCCGCCCUCGCUCGCAUGCAGGACGACAACCAGAUCAUGGUGGCUGAUGAUAUCAUCUUCCUCAUCUGACACAGAGGUGGAGGCAGGAGAGGGAAGAGGAGGUGGGAGGGAGAGGGAAGAGGAGGUGGAGGGAGGAGGAGAGGGUGGAGGAGGAGGGAGAGGACAGAAGGAGAAGCAAGAGUCAGAAUGGAGAGAUUAUGUUUCCCAUUUGAGACCAAGAAGGAUGAGAAGGAAUUCAGAAGAAGAAUUGAAGUAGAUUUUGACUGGUUCUUCUGGGUUUUGGGUCCACUAGCUUCUUCCAGUUAGCUUUUUGGCAACAACCGCUUAUGGACUAAAAAGGAGUUGAAAGAUUAUGGUUUUAUGUUGUUGAAUGUCCUUGGUUCAUUCUUGAUCAGUUUCAAAGUUUUUUGUUUAUUUGCUUUACUCAUGUUUUAGCAACAUAUUAUGGUAUGUACAAGGUCUGGUUACAAUUAAGAGAUGUGGGCUAGAAGGACCAUUCUCUCUAGAGCAAAGAGCACCUGUAUCGUUUUAAUGCUUUCUUUUUACAGUUUUAAUCUGUUUAAAAAACAUUACUUUUUUCUGAAAUAUCUUUCUUGUAUAUAUUGUUUUGUUAAAAAAAAAAAAAAGGUUUUCAUUGUAAAGGUUUGUCAACUGUAGUAGUGCCUGGGGAUGGAACAUUACAUUGUUUGAUGUUAAACGUUGUGGCUGGUUGAAGAUGAA